UACCCUUAGCACCAAGUUCAGAUAAGAAUAAGACAGUAAGAAAGGAGUCAUCUUUAGAGUUGAUUGAAGAUAACUCUAGCAUGAAAGUGGAUGAGAUCACUAUUAUCUCACUAGAAAAUGUAAUCAAAGACAUGGUUGAAGCAACAGUUAUAUCUUCUCUGUCAGAAGAAAAGAAUUCCAUGAAAAAAGAAGAAACCUUGAUGGACAAGGAAUCUGACUCUUCCGAUUUCAUUUAUAUACAAUCACCGAUUUUAAACACCUCAGUCUCUCAAGAUCAGACUGCUCCAAGGGUGGUACAAGCCUUUAAAGAGCAAAUGAAAGGUGUGGAACCCAACAAUACCCGGUUAGAAGGAGCAGAUGAGGAUGGUUUUACCCUG